UUAUACUUAAUAAGCCAAUAUGAAAAUCAUGAAAUAUUCUAUAAAAAACUUACAUUUUGAUAAAUUUAUAACCGUGGCGACGUCCACAGAAUUAGGCUUCGAACUGAAUAAAUUAUGUUUGUGAGACACUAAUUAUAAGAUGAUGUUUUGAUCUAUUUUAUUUAUCAUUGGUUCAACGCACGUCUAUCGAAUUGGGGCAAAUUAACAACAUCUGUAGCACAUCGAGCUACAAUUAAUUAGCUAACGGCUAAAACAACUGAUAGUUUCAUUUUAAUACAAGAAAAUAUGUUUGUUCGUGUGUUUGUUUCGUAAUGAGCCGUUAUCAUGUCAUCGCCCCCUAUAUAUAUGGUGCCAAACAUGUAUUACACAAUGUUGGUAAUGUUGUUGGCGACUUCUACAAACUCCCGAUACAUCAUCUCAAAGAAAGAAGACAGCAUGUUCAAGAACGAACAAAUAAUCUUCGCGUCUGAUUUCAACAUAACCAGACUCUUAGUACCAGCCGACGGGAACAAGUAUAUCCAUGCAGACUCCUCUGACAUCCCAUCUAUAUUCUUCACCAUAUCUGAUCCUAAGCUUGAAGGCGGUAGCUGUAUUUAUGUUCUAGAAGGUUUCGCUGCCUAUGAAGUUCUAGAAGGAGGUCGAGACUCUACAGCGGACUACGGCCACGAUACAACCAUCUUCUUUGGUGCUAAAGAUGGCAUUUAUAAAUACAACUCCGGUUCGCUAUCUGCCAAGAAAUAUGGACCGUUUCGUGAUGAUAUUGUUCAGUUGCAAAAAGCGAACGGCUCAGAUGCUAUUUACAUUUUGAACAACGAACACAGGAUAUAUAAAAUUGAAAAGAAUGGCACUGUCAGAACGAGAGUGCGCAGCGUUCCAUGCGCUUUAGAAUUUGUUUUGGAUACGUCUGAUAAUAUAUAUUAUUUAGAUUGUGAUGAUCACAUGCCUCAUAUAGUGAAGUCCGAUGGAAGCCUUCUCUCGCUUACCACUAGCGUUGUAGAAGACUUCAAAGAGGUGAAAUUGCUGAGACCAGCUUUUGUCAUGGAGAAUUGCAUACCUUUCUUCGGUGAUGGUAAUUUAUACAUACUCUUCGCCAAUGGUACAAAUGAAAAGAAAGAUUUCUAUUUAGCAGAGAAACCUUCAGCAUUCAGUAUCGAUGCAGCUUUGUAUCUCGUGGCUGCGAUAGAUGGUAAGAUAUACGAGUUUAAUGUAAUGGAAAUACUUUUGAGAUCCAUGUUCGGCUUAUCCACGGAAUGGCCCAGAGAUGUGACUAAGAUUCUCAUGUCUAUAAUUGAUUCUACAAAGGAAAAUAUAAAUGGUAUUUACAAAAAAUCGAUUUCAUAGAGAUGUAAUAAUAAUAAGUUUAGUGGUGACAUUGGAUUAAAAUAGAUUCCUUAGUUCUUUAUAUUUACCCCAUAUCAGUCAUGGAAAUGCAUAAUAAUUCUUAUCAUUAGAUUUAAAUAAAUACUUCAUAAAAUAAUAAAAUUAUUUUAUGAAGUAGUUUUUAUUGGUUACAACUGUAAUAAUAUUUUGGUCAACUUUUGUGAGUGUUCCUCUGAUAUUGUAUUUUAUUUGUGUAUUCCAAUUCUAUUUCAUUAACACUGUAGAUAUACAAAUGUUUCAUCAUUAUAUUUUAUUUAAUUGUUUUUAAUGGUCAACCACUCUGACUACAACUUCGAUCCCAAAGCUUCCAGAUAAGAUUAGGAUAGUAGAAUUUUGAGCUUUUACUUCUUGAAAAAGAGGCAAAUUAAAAAAACGUUCUCAUUUUCCCAAUACAGUUGUAGAGAAUAGUAUUUAAGGUAAAUUUAUAGAAAAUAAUAUUCUUAAAUCAGGAAGUACUGUUUAUUAUGUAAGGCAUUAGAUAGGACCAAGAUUUGCAUGAUCAUAUUAUUUUAUUCUACUUAAUAAAGACCCUUACGAAGUUCAAUUAUGUAUCAUUUUCGGCCCACUUAACAUAAAAUUGGCCAAAAGCUUGUUUGCCACACUUUCCAUAAUUAUGCCUAUUUUUCCGGUAUGAUACAUAUUGUGUUAGUAAGAUAACAAAAUAUCAAAUAAAUAAUAUAAUUUAUACACCGAUAUUAUUAACUACUAUAAACAAUAUUUGUAAAAAAAUCUUGAUAUUUGUUUCAUUAUACUCCUACUGCAAUAAAAUCAACUUUAAUCAAUGUUAAGAGAACUUAAGUCCUAAUUAAAGUUUCUGCGUGCGGCCAUUAGAGACAAUAAGAUUUUUGCGAUAAUAUAUAUUUUAUUUAUAAUUUGUAUUUUUAAGCAUGUAACUGCUUGAUGUUUCAAUCUAAAGAAAAUAUAACCAGAAAAAAUUCCACGUGGACCAGGCAGCAGAAGUAAGACGGGACUCGAACGCGCACCCUUCGCUAUCCGGGUGAAUGCACUGACCCAUUAUGCUACCGCGGCCCCGAUGCGGGUAUCGAUCGAUGCGGGCGACGCGGGUUCGAGUCCCGUCUGCUGCCUGGUCCGCGUGGAUUAUUUUCUAAUUAUAUUUUCUUUAUAUAUAUAUUUUAAUUUAUUAACAUCCAACACUAUUAACAAAACUAAGCUAGAAUUUCCCCUAUUGAUCUGGUAGCGAUAGUUUGGAUCUGAUCAACCUUAUCUUCAAAGAAACUCUUGAUACCUUCAACCAUUUCAGUUAAAAUGAUGGAUAGGAUGUUGAAUUCGUAAAUUUUCUUGUUAUAAGCGUAAUAGUGGAUAAGUGCAGUUUCCAUUGAGUAAGCGGUAGGAUGGACAUUCAUAAUUAUCUGGGCAUAUUCGCUCUUGCCAUCAGGCGUUGCAGCGAAAGCUUUCUUCCCAGCAAUCACGGGUACACCCUCGUCCAAAACGAAUGGAGGCCUAGUUAGCUGUACAUAGGAAGGAUGUCUCGGCAGACCUUCAACUUUUUUCACCUCCUCUUCGCUGUACACGUAAACUUGGUUAUCAGUGUCCACAUAGAACAAAUUGUUUUGCCAGUCUACUACUAUUUGUUGUGCAUUUUGGAUUUUGUCCAGUUGUUCUUUGACUGUGCCUUCCUCUGUAACUCUAUACACUUUUUUGUCAUUAGUCAGAAUAUACAUGACGUCUGUGCCGUUUUCUACUUCGAUACCAACGAUAUCUUCAUUGAUAGUGCCGUAUUUUUCGGCGCCGUUGGUUUUGACGUUGUACAAGUAUAUUCCGUCUGAUGAGGCCAAGAAUACUUUUUUAUUGUCGCCGGUGGGUGCGGCCAUGUCUUUGCCGUUAUCGAGGACUUUGCUCGCUACUCCAUUCUUCAAGACGUAGAGACCUUUAUAGUCGACCUUUCCUUCGGCAUCCUUUUCUCCCUCCACGAAGAAUAUGUAAAGGUUCUCUCCAGAUUCUUCGUCAUCGUCUUCGUUGAAGUUCAGUUUGUUGAGUGGUGUCAGUAAUUUAAUUAUGUCGUUUUCCGAUGUAUAGAUAACUAUAUCCUUGAUAAACGACUUUUCAUUGAUGACGAGGGAGUCAGCAUCUCCAACGGGAGUGGAGCAGGCCAAGCCCGCGAACAGCAGCAACAUGAAGGUUGGUAAAAUAUUCAUCUUGCCU